AUGUCCCUCCUCAGAUAAUGUUAUUUAUAUCUCUGGGCGGGUCCGCGGCUCGGCAGCACCAGGCGCCCGGCGGUCGCUGUGCCAGGAGCCCCGCGCUGCCCUCCUCCCCCUGCGCCGCCGCCCCCGGGCUCGCGGUGGCCGCCGCUUCUGCCCCAGCGCAGGGACCUUUCCAUGAAGACUGAGACAGGCACAGCUGCUAAGAGCCUGCUGACAUGACAUCGGCCACUGAGUUUGAAAACGUAAGCAAUCAGCCACCAUACAGCCGGAUCAAUGCCCGCUGGGAUGGCCCGGACGACGAGCUGGAUAAUGACAACAGCUCAGCCAGGCUCUUUGAGAGGUCCCGGAUCAAGGCCUUGGCAGAUGAACGGGAAGUUGUUCAGAAGAAGACCUUCACGAAAUGGGUGAACUCCCACCUGGCUCGAGUGUCCUGCCGCAUCAGCGAUCUCUACAAGGACCUGCGGGAUGGGCGCAUGCUCAUCAAGCUGCUGGAGGUGCUCUCUGGAGAGAUGCUGCCAAGGCCCACCAAGGGGAAGAUGCGCAUCCACUGCCUGGAAAAUGUAGACAAGGCCCUGCAGUUCCUCAAGGAACAACGUGUUCACCUAGAGAAUAUGGGCUCCCAUGACAUUGUGGACGGCAACCACCGCCUGGUCCUGGGCCUCAUCUGGACGAUCAUCCUCCGCUUCCAGAUUCAGGACAUUGUUGUCCAAACUCAGGAAGGACGUGAGACGCGCUCAGCCAAGGAUGCGCUGCUCUUGUGGUGCCAGAUGAAGACGGCAGGCUACCCCCAUGUCAAUGUCACCAACUUCACCUCCAGCUGGAAGGAUGGCCUGGCCUUCAAUGCCCUGAUACAUAAACACCGGCCUGACCUCAUUGAUUUUGACAAACUGAAGGAUUCUAAUGCCAGGCAUAACCUAGAACAUGCAUUUGAUGUGGCUGAACGCCAGCUGGGCAUCAUCCCACUCCUUGACCCUGAAGAUGUCUUCACAGAAAACCCAGAUGAGAAAUCCAUCAUCACCUACGUGGUGGCAUUUUACCACUACUUCUCCAAGAUGAAGGUGCUGGCAGUGGAGGGCAAGCGUGUCGGCAAGGUCAUUGACCAUGCCAUCGAGACUGAGAAGAUGAUUGAAAAGUACAGUGGGCUAGCCUCAGACCUGCUCACCUGGAUCGAGCAGACCAUUAGUGUCCUGAACAGCCGCAAGUUUGCCAACUCGUUGAGUGGUGUCCAACAGCAGCUACAGGCCUUCAGCACCUACCGUACUGUGGAGAAGCCACCCAAGUUUCAGGAGAAAGGGAAUCUGGAAGUCCUGCUCUUUACCAUCCAGUCCCGGAUGAGAGCCAACAAUCAGAAAGUGUACACGCCUCACGAUGGGAAACUAGUGUCUGAUAUCAACCGGGCCUGGGAGAGCCUAGAAGAAGCAGAAUACCAGAGGGAACUGGCCCUGAGGAGUGAACUCAUUCGGCAGGAGAAAUUGGAGCAGCUGGCACGGCGCUUCGACCGAAAGGCCGCCAUGAGAGAGACCUGGCUCAAUGAAAACCAGCGCCUUGUGACUCAGGAUAACUUUGGGUACGACCUGGCAGCUGUGGAGGCUGCCAAGAAGAAGCAUGAGGCCAUUGAGACCGACACAGCUGCCUAUGAAGAGCGAGUAAAGGCCCUGGAGGACCUGGCCCAGGAGCUGGAGAAGGAGAAUUACCAUGACCAGAAGCGCAUCAUGGCGCGGAAGGACAACAUUCUCCGCCUGUGGAGCUACCUGCAGGAGCUGCUGCGGUCCCGGCGCCAGAGGCUCGAGGCCACCCUGGCACUGCAGAAACUCUUCCAGGACAUGCUGCACAGCAUUGACUGGAUGGACGAGAUCAAGGCUCACAUCUUGUCUGCUGAGUUUGGGAAACACUUGUUAGAAGUUGAAGACUUGCUACAGAAGCACAAGUUGAUGGAGGCUGACAUCGCCAUCCAAGGGGACAAAGUAAAGGCCAUCACUGCGGCCACCCUGCAGUUCACUGAGGGGAAAGGGUACCAGCCUUGUGACCCCCAGGUCAUCCAGGAACGUGUCAGCCACCUGGAGCAGUGCUUUGGCGAGCUGAGCAACAUGGCAGCUGGGCGGAAGGCUCAACUGGAGCAGUCCAAGCGGCUCUGGAAGUUCUUCUGGGAGAUGGAUGAAGCUGAGAGCUGGAUCAAGGAAAAGGAACAGAUCUACUCCUCCUUGGAUUAUGGGAAGGAUCUGACCAGUGUGCUUAUCUUACAGCGCAAGCACAAGGCCUUCGAGGAUGAGCUCCGUGGGCUAGAUGCUCACCUCAAGCAGAUCUUUCAGGAGGCUGAGGGCAUGGUUGCACGCAAGCAGUUUGGACACCCACAAAUAGAGAGCCGAGUCAAGGAGGUGUCAGCCCAGUGGGACCAGCUGAAAGAACUGGCUGCUUUUCGCAAGAAGAACCUCCAGGAUGCAGAGAACUUCUUCCAGUUCCAAGGUGAUGCGGAUGACCUGAAGGCUUGGCUGCAAGAUGCCCACCGGCUGCUCUCAGGUGAAGAUGUAGGGCAGGAUGAAGGUGCCACGCGGGCACUGGGGAAGAAGCACAAGGACUUUCUGGAGGAGCUGGAGGAGAGUCGAGGAGUGAUGGAACACUUGGAACACCAGGCUCAGGGCUUCCCCCAGGAGUUCCAUGAUUCUCCAGAUGUAACUAAUCGGCUUCAGGCACUCCGGGAGCUCUACCAGCAGGUGAUGACCCAAGCAGACUUGCGUGGACAGAGGCUGCAGGAUGCCCUGGAUCUAUACACAGUGUUUGGGGAAUCAGAUGCCUGUGAGCUGUGGAUGAGUGAAAAGGAGAAGUGGCUGAACCAGAUGGAUACUCCAGAUACCCUGGAAGACCUAGAGGUCGUGCAGCACAGGUUCGACAUCCUGGACCAGGAGAUGAAGACCUUGAUGGCUCAGAUUGAUGGUGUGAACCUUGCUGCCAACAACCUGGUAGAGAGUGGCCACCCACGCAGUGGGGAAGUGAAGCAAUACCAGGAUCGCCUGAACAAGAGGUGGCAGGCCUUCCAGGAGGUGGUGUCUGUGCGGAGAGAGGCAGUGGAUUCGGCCCUCCGAGUAAACAACUACUGUGUGGACUGUGAGGAGACCAGCAAGUGGAUCAUAGACAAGACGAAGGUUGUGGAGUCUACAAAGGACCUGGGGCAGGACCUGGCAGGUGUCAUUGCCAUCCAGCGGAAGCUCUCAGGGUUGGAGCGUGAUGUGUUUGCCAUUCAGGACCGUGUGGGUGCCCUGGAACGUGAGUCACAGCAGUUGAUGGAGUCACACCCGGAGCAGAAGGAGGACAUUGGCCGGCGGCAAGCAGAUGUUGAGAAGCUGUGGAAGGGCCUGCAAGAUGCCCUUCAGGGGCAGGAGCUCUCCUUGGGUGAAGCCAGCAAGCUACAGGCCUUCCUGCAGGAUCUGGAUGAAUUCCAGGCCUGGCUGUCCAUGGCCCAGAAGGCUGUAGCCUCUGAGGACAUGCCUGAGUCACUCCCAGAAGCCGAGCAGCUCCUGCAGCAGCAUGCAGCCAUUAAGGAAGAGAUUGAUGGGCACCGAGACAGCUACUAUCAGGUCAAGGCCUCUGGGGAGAAGGUGAUAGAAGGCCAAAAGGACCCAGAGUACCAACUUCUGGGCCAGCGGCUAGAGGGUCUCGAUGCAGGCUGGGAUGCUCUGCGCCGGAUGUGGGAGAGCCGAGGUCAUUCCCUCACCCAGUGCUUAGGGUUCCAGGAGUUCCAGAAAGAUGCCAAGCAGGCUGAAGCCAUCCUCAGCAACCAGGAAUAUACUCUGGCUCACUUGGAGCCACCAGACUCCCUAGCAGCUGCAGAGGCUGGGAUCCGGAAGUUUGAGGAUUUCUUAGUAUCUAUGGAAAACAACAGAGAUAAGGUCUUGAGUCCUGUGGAUUCUGGAAACAAGCUGGUGGCUGAGGGAAACCUAUACUCAGACAAGAUCAAAGAGAAGGUGCAGCUGAUUGAAGACAGGCAUAAGAAAAACAAUGAGAAGGCCCAGGAGGCUACAGUUCUCCUAAAAGACAACCUGGAGCUACAAAACUUCCUCCAGAACUGCAAGGAGCUCACUCUCUGGAUCAAUGACAAGCUGCUGACCUCUCCAGAUGUCUCCUAUGAUGAAGCACGCAACCUUCACAACAAGUGGAUGAAGCACCAGGCGUUUAUAGCAGAACUGGCUUCCCACCAAGAGUGGCUUGAGAACAUCGAUGCAGAAGGAAGGCAGCUGAUGGCAGAGAAGCCCCAGUUCAAGGAUGUGGUGUCAGAGAGGCUGGAAGCCCUGCAUAAGCUUUGGGAUGAGCUGCAGACUACCACCAAGGAGAAGACUGAACAACUCUCGGCUGCCCGGAGCUCUGACUUGCGCUUGCAGACCCACGCCGACCUCAAUAAAUGGAUUGGUGCCAUGGAGGACCAGCUGCGAUCAGAUGACCUGGGCAAAGAUUUGACCACUGUCAACCGGAUGUUGGCUAAGUUGAAGCGAGUGGAGGAUCAAGUGAAUCUUCGGAAGGAGGAACUGGAGGAGCUUUUUGCCCAGGCCCCCUUACUGGGAGUAGAGGCUGGAGACACAGACAUGAGCAUCGAAAAGCGGUUCCUGGACCUUCUGGAACCCCUGGGGAGGAGGAAGAAACAGCUGGAAUUAUCCAAAGCCAAGCUGCAGAUCAGCCGGGACUUAGAGGAUGAGACGCUCUGGGUGGAAGAGAGAUUGCCACUGGCCGAAUCCCCUGACUAUGGCACUAAUCUGCAAACAGUGCAGCUCUUUAUGAAGAAGAACCAGACCCUGCAGAAUGAGAUCCUAGGCCACGCACCGCGGGUGGAGGAUGUGCUACAGCGAGGACAACAGUUGGUGAAAGCAGCGGAGAUUGACUGCCAAGACAUCGAAGAGCGCCUGGGGCACCUGCAGGGCUCAUGGGACACACUCCGGGAGGCAGCAGCUGGGCGGCUGCAGCGCCUGCGAGAUGCCCACGAGGCACAGCAGCACUACCUGGAUGCCAGCGAGGCUGAAGCCUGGAUCAGCGAACAGGAGCUCUAUGUGUUCUCUGACGAGCUCCCCAAGGAUGAAGAAGGUGCCAUUGUGAUGCUUAAGCGGCACUUGCGGCAGCAGCGUACCGUGGAGGAGUAUGGAAAGAACAUCAAGCAGCUGGCCAUCCGGGCCCAGAGCCUGCUAUCUGCAGGCCAUCCUGAGGGGGAACAGAUCAUCAGACUUCAGGGGCAAGUGGAUAAGCAGUACGCAGGGCUGAAGGACAUGGCCGAAGAACGCAGGCGGAAGCUAGAGAACAUGUACCACCUGUUCCAGCUGAAGAGAGAGGCUGACGACUUGGAGCAGUGGAUUACAGAAAAAGAGAUGGUGGCUUCAUCCCAGGAAAUGGGCCAAGAUUUUGACCAUGUGACUAUGCUCCGUGACAAGUUCCGAGACUUUGCCAGGGAGACUGGGGCAGUUGGACAGGAGCGGGUGGACAACGUGAAUGCCAUCAUUGAGCGGCUCAUCGAUGCGGGCCACAGUGAGGCAGCCACCAUUGCUGAGUGGAAGGAUGGGCUGAACGACAUGUGGGCUGAUCUGCUAGAGCUCAUUGACACCCGCAUGCAGCUGCUGGCCGCCUCCUACGACCUGCACCGCUACUUCUACACAGGCGCCGAGAUCCUGGGCCUCAUAGAUGAGAAGCACCGGGAGCUGCCAGAGGAUGUGGGGCUGGACGCUAGCACCGCUGAGUCCUUCCACCGGGUCCACACUGCCUUCGAGCGAGAGCUCCACCUACUGGGCGUGCAGGUGCAGCAGUUCCAGGAUGUGGCCACCCGCCUGCAGACUGCGUACGCUGGGGAGAAGGCAGAUGCCAUCCAGAGCAAGGAGCAGGAGGUGUCUGCAGCCUGGCAGGCACUUCUUGAUGCCUGUGCUGGGCGCCGGGCCCAGCUGGUGGACACGGCAGACAAGUUCCGUUUCUUCAGUAUGGUACGAGACCUCCUCUCCUGGAUGGAGAGCAUCAUUCGACAGAUUGAGACCCAGGAGAGGCCCAGGGAUGUCUCCUCGGUGGAACUGCUUUUGAAGUAUCACCAGGGCAUCAAGGCAGAGAUCAACACUCGAGCCAAGAACUUCAGCACCUGCCUGGAGCUUGGGGAGUCCCUGCUGCAGCGGCAACACCAGGCUUCAGAAGAGAUCCGGGAGAAAUUGCAGCAAGUGAUGUCCAGGAGGCGGGAGAUGGAUGACAAGUGGGAGGCCCGCUCUGACAGGCUCCACAUGCUGCUGGAGGUGUGCCAGUUCUCAAGGGACGCCUCUGUGGCCGAGGCAUGGCUGAUUGCCCAAGAGCCCUACCUGGCUAGCCGAGACUUUGGACACACGGUGGACAGCGUGGAGAAGCUCAUCAAGAGGCAUGAGGCUUUUGAGAAGUCCACAGCCAGCUGGGCAGAACGUUUUGCUGCCCUAGAGAAGCCCACCACGCUUGAGCUUAAAGAACGCCAGACUCCAGAGAGACCUACAGAGGAGUCUGAGCAUCAAGAGGAGGAAGGCGAGACAGCUGGCGAGGCUCCCCAGGUCCGCCGUGCAGCCACUGAGAGAACAUCCCCGCAGGGGGAAGAAAGGAGACUAUGGCCUCAGUAUCUGCAUCCGCCACCCUUGCCAGGACAGCACAAGGACAAGCAGGAAGAAAAAUCGUGCGGGGAUGAGAGAACAGUCACAGAGCCCCUCUUUAAGGUCCUGGACACGCCCCUGAGUGAGGGUGAUGAGCCUACAACAUUGCCAGCCCAGCGGGACCUCGGGCACAGUGUGCAGAUGGAGGGCUACCUGGGCCGCAAGCAUGACCUAGAGGGGCCCAACAAGAAGGCCUCUAACAGGUCCUGGAACAACCUGUAUUGUGUGCUGAGGAACAGCGAGCUGACCUUCUACAAGGAUGCUAGGAACCUGGCCCUGGGGGUACCCUACCAUGGGGAGGAGCCUCUGGCCCUGAGACAUGCCAUCUGUGAAAUUGCUGCCAACUACAAGAAGAAGAAGCAUGUUUUUAAGCUGAGGUUGAGUAAUGGGAGUGAGUGGCUGUUCCAUGGCAAAGAUGAGGAGGAGAUGCUGUCCUGGCUGCAGGGCAUGAGCACAGCCAUCAACGAGUCCCAGAGCAUCCGUGUCAAGGCCCAGAGCCUGCCCCUGCCUUCCCUUACUGGUCCUGAUGCCAGCCUCGGCAAGAAGGACAAGGAAAAGAGAUUCAGCUUCUUCCCUAAGAAAAAGUAGCAGCUGGCAGCCCCGGGGGUGGGGCUGGCCAGGCAGCACAGCAGUGUGCAUCGGGACAUGAAAGGAAUAGGAGCCUGUGGCCUUGACCUCUGCAGUGGCCAGUCCUCCUUCUGCCUGCCACCCGCUGCCUGCAACCUGCCUGCUCGAGUUGCUGGGCCAGCCCCAGGGCCCCACACUGCACUGCAAUAGCUGCCUUGCCUGCCAGGCCUCCUUUCCACCUGCCAACAGCCCUCCACACCCCUACUCCCCAUGCAGUCAGCUGGGCUCCUGGGACAGGAGCUCUAUCUCCUCUGGGGCUAGAAAAGGUUCUAUAAGGUAUAUACUUUUCUCUUCCUGACCCCAUAAAAACUGGGAAGUCUGGUGGGGUUCCGCUGAUGCUGCCCAUUCCUACCGCAAGUCUCACUUCAGGUCACUGCCCAUAGUCACAGUCAUUGAAAGGAAAAGGGACACUGGCAAUGGCUGACCUUCCCCUCGUGGGCAGGAGAAAGGGCCUUCAGAGCCCCAGCUCUGGGCAAGGGGCUGGUGAGCACCAAGAAGACAAUAAGAGAUGUUGAGCCUUGGGUACCACCAGCCUCCUCCCCACUUGGCUUCCUUAGAUCUGGGACUCUGUCCUCAGGGCUAGUGCAUUCCUUCUUUCCUUCUUGUACCUGAAAAAGCAUCAUUUGGUGUGUCCUGACUAAAGGGGUCUCUUGCCCUCCCUCCCUGCUGAACCUUUUGCCUCUCCUAGCACUGGAACAGUGGCAAAGACUAGCAGCUCUUAUACCCUCCCUAGAGCUUCGGGCUCAAACCUCUGCCACAGGACAGACGGGUCCCAAUACUGCUAGGCUCUGCCUCUAUGUGGUGGCCCUUCUCUCCCACUCCCGGUUGCAGCCAAACCAGCAAUACAUGGCCAGUUGCUGGCCCCAGAUACAAGCUGAACACCCCAGGUUCUGAGUAAAGCAUCCCAAAGCCAAAUACCCACUGUAGCACGUCUGCAGUGGGUACCACCCAGGCCACUGGCUCGACACAGAGCUAUGUUUAUCACAUAGUCAUGUGACACAAUUACCCCUGGAACACAGGGAUGAAUGCUGAGGCCACUAUCAUAAAGGUGUGGCCUCUCGAUUGGCUUCUGUAGGCCUAGCCCUAGAUUCCAGGGGUUACAUGGUACAGAGAUCACCAAACAUCUACCACCCCCUCUCCAAGCACCAAAAGGCGCUCUUGUGGCCUCUGUCUGCAAGGAGUGCCUUUCUAGGCUUAAGGAGGAGAGGGACCACUGGUUUGCAAGGACUUCCUCUGCUACUCAACUGAAAACAAUACAGCUGCAACCCAGCACAGUAAAAGGGGUUAGAUCCAAAAGGUCAAGUUGAGGGCAGUUGUCCUUUCCCCCCUAGGAGACAAUUAGCAUCCCUUGGGCCCAGUUUCUGCCUUCCCUAUCCAGUUACAAAGCCUUCCCAGAAUCCCUCAGUGCUAACCAGGGAAGGUACAACUCAGAGAGCAGUUACACCCUAUGACUCUAACAUGAGUAUGAAGCCAACUCCAGCAGACAGGAGCCACAAGAGGGACGUUAUUCAGUGGGGCCUGAUUUCCCUAUCUCUGCAGCCACUUUUUACUUAGCCUCCAUGUAUAGGGCUCUAGAGCCCCCUGCUUCUACAGGGAACCAAGCAGGUACCAUUCACUAGCCUCUUUUACAGUCAAGAAACUAAGGGCAGAGGCAGAGAGGCAUCUGCACUCACCUGGUGGUAAAAAAGGCUUUGGUGCACUCAAGGGUAUGUUCAUCUCUGGGACAGGCAGUGGGCUCCUUAUUGAAGGCAUUAGGUGGUAAGCAGCUCCCUCAGUUUCCCUAGUCUAGUAUUUGGGAGAUCAAGGGAUGAGGGUCCACCCUUCCCUUCCACAUGUACCCAAUUAGCACCUGAAGUGAGGAAUUUCUAGCAAGUUAACUUCAUAGAACCAAGAAAGGGCUCCAAGGAUGAGCUAGGAUUUAACCACCCCAGGUCCCAGGAUUGGGCAAGGGCAGCCAACUGCAUGUGACCUACCAUCACAGCCAGCUCCCUAUAGAGCUCACCCAUGUCACCCAGGCCCCAAGACACUCAACUGGACUGACUCUGCAGGUGGCUAGCUUUGGAAAAAUCCCGUGUGUGUACCCAGGGCUAGGCUCUCCUGGUAACCUGGCAAGGCUGAUUUUUCUCCUGACAUUUUCUAUUUCACAGCCUCUUUCUUGACAGUUACUCCCAAACUGGGAUGACACAGCUCCAGUCCACACCAGCAUAACAGGCUUCCUCCCCAGGGCAGUUAGAGGACGCUUUCUGGGCAUGGUCAGGUGGUUCUCCCUUCUCCUUGUUGCCUUUGUCCCGGCCUUUGGCUGGCUGGCUGAGGAGGAAUAGAGGGUCCUGGGGCCCUCCCAGGACCCUCCCACCCUACCUCCACUGGCACUAACAGGAGGCCUGUGUAAGCUCGGUUCCCCCACCCCCCAAUUCCUCCUUCCUGCCUACUGGAGGGCAACAGUUCCCCUAGGCUGGUCCUGGAUCCCCGCCUCUACCCUUAGCGGAGGAGGUAGAGAUCCAGAGGAGGAAGAGGCCAGUAGGCCACAUGGCUUGGUCCCUUGGACAAGCAAGCUCAGGGAGGACACUAGAGGAGGUGGCUGCAGAGGAAUGCAACCCUGUUGGGCACAGAUCAUGCCAUCUAGGGCUGGCCCUGGGGCCGGCUGGGCCUUGUCCUCUACCUGCUCAAAUGUGCUUCCACCAACCAGAGGAAACCCAUUUACUAGUUUUUCUAAUAAAUCAAUAAUGCUCUA